AUGAUGUCAGAACAGGAUUUGGCAGAUGUUGUUCAGAUUGCUGUUGAAGACUUGACUCCAGAUAACCCAGGUACAUGGGGUUCAGAAGCCUGUAGAAUCUGUCAAAGCAGAACAGCUAAUGUGGCAGCUCCGCUACCUCGUGUUGUGUUGGAGAAUCAUGAAGUGACGGAUGAUGAUGUAGAGCCCGCUCUGAAACGUCAGCGUAUAGAAAUUAACUGCCAAGAUCCCUCUAUUAAGUCAUUCCUGUAUUCCAUUAAUCAGACAAUAUGCCUGCGGUUGGAUAGCAUUGAGGCAAAGUUGCUGGCACUGGAGGCUACCUGUAAAUCACUGGAAGAGAAGUUGGAUCUUGUCAUGAACAAACAGCAUAGCCCCAUCCAAGUCCCCAUGGUGGCAGGUUCUCCUCUUGGCGCUACACAGACGUGCAAUAAAGUACGAUGUGUUGUCCCUCAGACCACAGUAAUACUGAACAACGACCGGCAGAAUUCCAUUGUAGCCAAGAUGGUUGGGCAGGAAGAGCCAUUGAGCAGAACAUCGGAUUCUCUUGAAAAUAUCCUUAGCAAUGCUGUUCCUGGACGUAGGCAGAACACAAUAGUGGUGAAAGUUCCAGGGCAUGACGACAGUCACAAUGAAGACGGAGAGAGUGGCUCAGAGGCCAGUGACUCGGUCUCCAACAGUGGACAAUUAGGAAGCCAAAGUAUUGGGAACAAUGUCACGCUUAUUACGCUGAACUCUGAAGAGGAUUACCCCAAUGGGACAUGGCUUGGAGAUGAAAAUAACCCUGAGAUGCGGGUCCGUUGCCCCAUCACCCCUGCUGACAUGCUGCACAUCAGCACAAACUGCCGCACAGCCGAGAAGAUGGCACUGACAUUGCUUGAUUAUCUCUUCCAUCGGGAAAUUCAGGCUAUCUCCAACCUUUCGGGCCAGGGGAAGCAUGGGAAGAAGCAACUUGAUCCUCUCAUGAUUUAUGGAAUUCGCUGUCACCUAUUUUACAAAUUUGGAAUCACAGAAUCUGACUGGUAUCGAAUCAAGCAAAGCAUAGACUCCAAAUGCCGAACAGCUUGGAGGCGGAAACAGCGAGGGCAGAGUCUCGCCGUGAAAAGCUUUUCAAGGCGAACACCUUCAUCAUCGUCUUACAGUGGUUCAGAGGGUUCGCAGAGUUCAGUUUCAGCUUCUAAUGAGAUCCAGCAGAACCAGCCACAGGCACUACACUAUGCACUAGCCAAUGCUCAGCAGGUUCAGAUCCACCAAAUAGGAGAAGAUGGACAAGUCCAAGUGAUCCCACAGGGCCAUCUCCACAUAGCCCAGGUUCCUCAAGGCGAGCAAGUCCAAAUCACGCAGGACAGUGAGGGAAACCUGCAGAUACAUCAAGUUCAUGUGGGUCAAGAUGGGCAGGUGUUGCAGGGUGCUCAGCUGAUAGCUGUUGCUUCUGCUGAGCCUGCGUCAGGGGGUGUUGAUGGAUCCCCGCUCCAAGGGAGUGAUAUCCAAGUCCAAUAUGUGCAGCUGACACCAGUGACAGACCAUUCUGCGACUAACCAAGGCACUGAUACCCUUCAAUCAGCGAUCCAACCAGAAAUGCAGAUAGAACACGGAGCAAUCCAAAUUCAGUAAGAGAAUUACAAAAAGCUGUGUCAGCCGAGAUGUCAGUGAACCACAGUCAGAAGUUAAGUGCUGUACUCUUCGUGCGACACCGGGAGAAUGGAAAUGCCUAUGAGACCGAUGGUCCCACCUCGAACAUCUCCUGCAAAUAGCAGAGUUCUGAUGAUCUGGUUGUCCUCACCUGGAAUA